CAUCUCAAGCAAAAAUGGAGUUUCUCUAUCUCCUCCUCACCAUCACACUUGCGUUACUCUUCCUCUUCCUAGCCUUCGUCUCGUUUCUCAUACUUAGACUCUACACAGGCAAGUCCAUCAAAGAUCCAAACUACCCACCUGUAAAGGGCACCGUCUUCCACCAGCUCUUAUACUUCAACAAACUCUACGACCACGAAGCCAAAAUCGCCAGAGAAACCCCUACUUACCGGCUACUUGCGGCGGAUCACAGUGCCAUAUAUACUUGUGACCCAAGAAACAUCGAGCACAUGCUCAAAACCAGAUUUGCUCACUACACCAAAGGGGAGUAUAACCAGGCUAUUGUGAGGGAUGUUUUUGGGCAUGGGAUUUUUACUGUGGAUGGAGAUAAGUGGAGGCAGCAGAGGAAGCUUGCGAGUUUCGAGUUUUCGACCAGGGUUUUGAGGGAUUUUAGCUGUUCUGUUUUUAGGACAAGUGCUGCCAAAAUUGUCAGGAAGGUUUCUGAGUUUUCAGAAUCUAGUGAGGUUUUUGAUAUGCAGGAUUUGCUUAUGAGAUGCACAUUGGAUUCCAUAUUCAAAGUUGGAUUUGGAAUAGAACUGAAUUGCUUAGAGGGGUCAAGCAAAGAAGGGCUAGCAUUCAUGAAGGCGUUUGAUGAGUCAACUGCUCUUUCAUAUCGCCGCUAUGUUGAUCCAUUCUGGAAAUUGAAAAAAUUUCUCAACAUUGGUGCUGAAGCCACCCUUGGAAAUUAUGUUAAAGUCAUUCAUGACUUUGUGCACCAACUUAUCAGUAAAAAGAGGACAUUGCUAGCUAGCCAGAAAGAUAGUAAUGACAAGGAGGACAUACUGUCGCGGUUUCUACUGGAGAGUGAGAAGAAUCCGGAGGAGAUGAAUGAUAAAUAUCUAAGCGACAUAAUUCUGAAUUUCAUGAUUGCUGGGAAAGAUACCAGUGCAAAUACACUCUCAUGGUUCUUCUACAUGCUCAGCAAGAACCCUCUAAUACAGGAAAAAGUUGUACGAGAAGUGAGGGAUGUUGUUUGUCUGGAUCAUGAAGCCAACAUUGAUGAAUUUGUGGCCAGUAUAACUGAUGCAGCUCUUGAAAAAAUGCACUAUCUUCAUGCAGCAUUAACAGAGACCUUGAGGCUAUACCCAGCAGUUCCUAUUGAUGGUAGACAUGCAGAGGUAGAUGACCUUCUUCCUGAUGGCUUUAGAGUGAAAAAAGGAGAUAGUAUUAACUACAUGAGUUAUGCCAUGGGCAGAAUGCCUUACAUUUGGGGAAAGGAUGCAGAGGAGUUUAUACCUGAAAGAUGGCUCAACAAUGGAAUUUUCCAGCCGGAAUCACCUUUCAAAUUUGUUGCAUUUCAUGCUGGUCCUCGGAUCUGUCUGGGGAAGGACUUUGCUUAUCGGCAGAUGAAGAUAGUAGCAAUGGCUCUUCUGUGCUUCUUCCGCUUCGAAUUGGCCUAUGACACAAAAAAUGUGACCUAUAGGACCAUGUUCACCCUUCACAUUGAUGGAAGUCUUCCUUUGGUUGCACUUCCUAGGAAGACCUGAUCUGUUUCCAUAUAUGAAGAAAAACAAUGUCACUUCGGUUAUUCUUAUGAUACUAGAGUGAAUGUAAUAUAUAUGUAAAUU